AUGCCGCGCGGCGCCCGGGCCCGGCCCGGCCCGGCGCCUCCACUGAGAUCGUUACAAACAGUUAUUAAUCAGACUGUUGCGACUCCUCAGCCCCCGACCGGGAAAUGGCCGCCCCCUGUUGCCGAGUGUCAUGCAGGGAGAGGGCGCGAGCAUCAUCGUGGAUGGGAUGUCUACAUGGAGCAAAUCGUGGAUCGCCGUCAGAUCCAGAGGUCUCGAGCUCUACAAAAGCUUGUUCGGAGUGGCAUCCCAGGAGACUUGCGACCUAAGAUCUGGCCUGCCUUGAUAGAUCUGAACAGCAUGAGAAGGAAGUUCCCAGACGGCCACUACGAAGAGCUCGUGAAGCGACAAGUGUCCUCGGACACUAGCUCCAUAGCUCAGGAAGAGAUCGACAAAGAUCUCAGGAGGACGUUCCCGGGGCACAGAAUGUUUGAGAGCGUGGAUGGGCUUGCAGCACUGAGGCGCGUGCUCGUGUCUUACUCCAUCCACAACCCUCGGGUUGGAUACUGCCAGUCCUUGAACUUUCUCGUCGGGAUGCUGCUUCUCUAUGUCAACGAGGAAGAGGCCUUCUGGUCGUUGGACGUGAUCCUGCGACAGAUCCUACCAGAGAACUACUACACGCACAGCAUGCAUCACUGUCUCACCGACCAGAUGUGCCUGCACCAUCUCGUCUGCGAGCGAUUGCCGGACACCUCCAGGCUGCUGCAGACUCUGGAGGCGGACUGGGAGGUUGUCACGAUGCAGUGGUUUCUGUGCAUCUUCGUGAAUUGCCUGCCGCUGCACGUGACAUUCAGGAUCUGGGAUGCCUUCUUCUACGAUGGGUCGAGUGUCCUGUUCCGUGCUACGUUGGCGCUGCUCAAAAUCUUCGAGGGCGACUUGUCCCGGGCCGAGAAUGCAACUCAGGCCCUGGUGAUCUUGCAGAAGUCGGCUCUGAAGCACGUGGAUGCCGAUGGUCUGAUCAAAGUUGCCUUCACCGAACCCAAGUGCCGGGUCAAGGAAUUCCACCUGAGCAAGCUGAGGAAGAUGUACGAGCCGCACGUUCCUUCGGUUGUUGCGAGCAACGAAGCAGUGACAGCCACGAGCCAGCAGCCGGACCAUGAAGGGCGACACGACGAAGCCUCCGACCGACCCCGGCCUCCGAUACCCGACAACAGGAAUUCGUUCUUCGCAAGGUGGAGACUCUCGUCUGCUCCUGACGGCUGUGUCGCAACCAACGGGGUCGGAGAGACUGAGGGAGACUCGUGCUCUAACCCGCCUGUCCGGAGGACGAGCAGUGACACUCGGAGCUUCUACACGGCUCCAUCGUACUACACGGAAGUCAAGGACGUUGAAGGCAUGCUGGACAGCUUCCUCAACGAGUGCUACAUGACCGCUUCUUCGCCCAAUGCUCCUCCCCUGCCAGAGGGAGUAGCCAGCUGGGAUCAACAGGAUCUCAACGUUGAGAUGCAUGAUGGAAAGCCCGAGGACAAGGCGGGAGGAGGUGGGAGAGGUGACGUGAAAGUAGAUGAAAGCUCCAAUAGUGAGGAUGAGAACGAGCUUGAGCUGCUGAGAUUCGAGCAGAGGACAAGAAUCGACAGGUCUCUUUACCUCCAGGUCAAGACGAACAAACCGGUAGAGGAAGGGAAGGUACAAAAGGAUGCUCUGGAGUAUGCUUUGUUGCGGGAGCGAGUGGAUAUCAUUGAAGAUUAUCUCGAGUUAUUCCUGUUGGAUUUGUAG